GUGGGAACUUAAUUGACCUGACUUUCUGAGUUUACUUGGACAGCAAAGAAGCUCCAGAUCCUGCAUCAGAUAGGUGAAAACUUUUGACCUCUGCCUGGGAUCAGAGACUGACUGUGCCCAGUAUGGGGAAAGACACUGACAGCAUCCUGACCUCCUCUGCAAGAUGGUCUUCAGCCAAGUGGGUCCAUGCCAGCUGUUGAAAUACAUGAGGCACAAACCUCCUUCUCUUAGGGUUCAUGAGGAGCCACCUGAGGAGAGCUAAGGUCUUUGUUCUGCCCGAGAGCAUGGAUAAGUGACUGGAAAGGGGACUGGGGCUGUGGGGAUGCACAUCAUGUUGUUCAUGGCCUCUGUCUUCAGACCUCAAAAGUGCACCACUUCUCUCCAAGGUAUUCAGAAGAAGAGGAUUUCAGUUCAUGAGUGUAAAAAGACUAUUUCAGUGUUCAGAUUGACUAACUGUGAGGUCUUGGCUGUAGAGUACAGUUGAACUGAAGAAAUUUUCUGCCUGGAGCCAAAACAAACAGAAAAUCACUAACAGAAAUAGGGUGGGAACCUUCAAACAGAAGAUUUACUGGUUACUGGUUUCAGAGGUGAAGAAAACACAUUUAAAGAUGCUUGUUUACUAUCCAUGUGGUAACCUCUGGACAGCCAGUAAUCCAUUCAUUACCCACACUGAUUGAGUGCAGGAGUAGUGCAGUGGUAACUACUUCACUCAGCUGACGGCAGACGACAAAAGGAGGGAAAUGAUGAAUUCGGAUAAUUUAACCUCCCAAAGCUUCCUCUCUGCGAUUCACAACAAUGCGAGCAAUUUAUUCUCAGGGCUCCAGUUUGUUCAGACCUUCAAGCCACUCAUCAUCCCCUGCUACUCGCUAGUGGUUUUUAUUGGUGUCAUUGGGAAUUACCUUCUCAUCUAUGUUAUCUGCAAGACAAAAAAAAUGCACAAUGUCACCAACUUUCUGGUAGGCAAUCUGGCUUUCUCAGACAUGCUCAUGUGUGCGACCUGUGUACCCCUGACACUCGCGUAUGCCUUUGAGCCCAGAGGAUGGGUGUACGGGCGUUUCAUGUGCUACUUUGUCUUCUUGAUGCAACCUGUGACUGUGUUUGUGUCUGUCUUUACGCUGACUGUCAUAGCUGUGGAUAGGUAUUACGCCAUGGUGUACCCAUUCCGCAGGAGGCUCACAAUCCCUAUUUGUGCUUAUAUCCUGGCUGCUAUUUGGCUGCUGAGCUGUACCUUGGCUGCCCCAGCCUUGGUCCACACUUACCAUGCAGAGUUCCCAGAACUGGACUUCUCCAUCUGUGAGGAGUUCUGGUUCCACAUGAAAAGAGAUCGCUUAGCUUACGCCUACAGCACCCUCAUCAUCACCUACAUACUGCCUUUGGCUGUCAUCUCCCUGUCCUAUCUGAGAAUCUCAGUCAAGCUGAAAAACCGUGUAGUCCCAGGCAACGUCACUCAGGGCCAAGCUGAGUGGGACCGAGCGAGGAGGAGAAAGACUUUUCGCUUGCUAGUCUUAGUGGUGGCAGCCUUUGGAGUCUGUUGGCUGCCUCUGCACAUCUUUAACAUGAUAAAGGACAUAGAUAUUAGCUUGAUUGACAAACAGUACUUCAAUUUUAUCCAGCUGCUGUGCCACUGGUUUGCAAUGAUGUCUGCUUGUACCAAUGCCUUCCUCUAUGCCUGGCUCCAUGACAGCUUCAGGGGGGAGCUGAAGAAAAUGUUUGUAUGGAGAAAAAAGAAAAUUGGACCCACUACAAAUUGCAUUAUGGCCAGUGUGGUGCUGUAAACAAGAGCUGGUGGGAGUGCACUUCCUUCAUAUGAUAACACUGUAAGUCUUCUCCACUGUUAAUUAGUCCUGAUUCCUGACAUUUUGUCCUCAGGGGUCUAUUAUGACAACACAUAGCUUCCCCAGCACCUCCACUCUGACUGGAGAAGGAGAGGCAGACAUCAAGUGCCAGAAAUGUCUUUACUUCUUUUACAGGAGUUAGAGGCCAAGGAGAUGUUAGCACAAUCAGAUACCCUUAUGUAAACUACAGGGAUCCCUCCUGUUUUGGAUAUUGCUGGCAGUAGAGACAUGUGAUCUGGGGACAGGGAGAAGCAAGGAUGAAUAUAAGACCUAAAUAUAUCAGUGAGGAAGUGCUUUGGAUUGGGAAAAAAAAAUAAAUUUGCAUAUCUACCCAGAGUCCAGUCCUUAGCACAGGAUCCAGGGUGGAGGAUUAACAAUAUCCCUGUAGUCCUCUCGGGUUAGGGCCAUGCUGAAGAACUGCCUAAGGCUCUCUGAAAUGCCCUUCCUGAGCAGCUGUCUCAGCUGCAGGCAGGAAACCACCUUAGUAGAUGCUGCUCGGAGCCUCCCUCUGCCAGCUGAGUUGUGCUGGCAGCAGCAGUGUGCAGGGGUGUCCCCACUCCUGAGGGUGUGGGUGGGGUGUGGGCUGAGGGCAUCAGCUCACCCGCACUCCCCCCAAGCUUCUUUGUACAAGUCGACUGGCUCACUUGCAUGCCUGUGGCCCGUGGUGGGGUGUGCUGUGUCUUCCCUGCAUGGUUUCCUCCCUCACUGCCAUUUUCUCCUUGCCGCUGGCCAGGUGGAUGGAGAAGCAGCCUUCGCAGCAGGGCUGCCCACCUGCCCACUAUGGCCAGCCACAUUGGGCAGGGAUCUGUGCUUUGUGCUUUUGUCACCCAGCAUCAUCAUGCAAUCCCAAAGCUCCCGUGUCUUGUGCAGCACAGCAUGUAGCAAUGUGAGAAGCAGUAUGCCAGGAGCAGAAAUAAAACCAGAGUGAUGUUAUUCCUGUGAGGUGCAACUGUGAUGCAGGGUGUGCAACAGCCUGUUUGGUGGAUUUACUGAUGCUGUCAUCAAGGAUGGACACACUGGAAAUGUAAUGUGUGGUGGAAAAUCAUCCAAAUAGGAGGGCAUUAAGACAUACCACCACUUUAUUGACACUGAAUUGUGUUCUUGCCAUGGUCUCAUGUAACCCCAAUUUGCUGACCCUAUUACAAGUCAGCUGCACUGCCAGCCAGAGGAGUGGACGUCGUCACAGCCUGGGCAAUGCUGAGGUGCUUUCCACUCAUUCCUUGAGGAACUGAUUUUGACAUGUGGCAAUGCUGCCAUCAUCUUUGAUCUCCAGAGACAGCCAGAGACUUUGAUACUGUCUUCAGGAGCACUUCUGGAGGUGCCUGUUAAGAGAGAGCGGGUGGAAGAGGCUGUUGACAUUGAGCCGUGUACAAGCAUUGCGUGACCAGUCGAAGAAAAACCUGUUAAAUGGCACAGAGUGGCAAGUGCUCUCUUUUGAAGGAGUCUUUUGGGAAGAAACAAUUUCCUUUGACAUUCACCUUUCAAUCGGAUGAGGGAGUUAGAAGCUAUAAUCAACCUAAUGGUUUCUAGUUUCUUCCCUCCUCUGUCUGAACUGAAAAUGUCUGAGAUAAUAGAUAAGCAUAAAGGAAAAAAUUCUGAAACAAGACAUUUUUUCUGAAGAGGUUUCUUCCAGCCAGCUCAGCCAGAAUCUGGGGUGGCAUGAGGAACUGCCUGGUACUGAGCUGAGAUCAGCCGGAGAAGCAGCACGGUCCAGGGGCAGUUUCUGCCAUGGUCAGCAAUGGCAUCUAUCCGACCACAACUGAGCAUGGCCAGGAAUGUAUGCGCUGCAAGGCACUGCAGACAGUCAAGAGCGGAGAGGGAAGAAAGAGAGGAUGGUUUCUCUUCUUCGUAAAUGUAUUCCUACUGUGAAACUGUGAAUAUCAUUUUGCCCAUCAGCAUUCAGUAAGCUUAAUCUGGUUAAAAAAAUACACAGAUGCGUAUGCACACACUGGGAAAUGCGUUGGAAAAACAUUUGAAAUCCCUUUUCACAAAUUGCCUUAGAAUUUCAAGCUGUUCUGUUGCUAGUAAUAAGGAACUGGAUAUUAGAAGUUGAUUAGAGGCACUGAAUCAAGGAGGUUCUUUUAAAGUGGGCAUUACUUGUGUUCUCUCUGUGAUUAAGUGUAUCUGUCGUGCUUACCUUGAUUUAAAGAUUUGAAUGACCUAUUAAAGCAUGUUUUGCUUUUGCUAA